UUCAACAAGUGGCCAAUCAGGCUGACGCAAUGAGGCUGCUCGGCAACUUACUAGGAAACCAGGGGCGGUGGGCACGCGCUUGGAAGGCUGCAGGCGCCAUGGGUAGAGCGAGGAACGGCGCCAACACCCAGCCUCGGGGACAAAAGCGGCCCGGGGAUCCCGCCGCCGCCUGCGCAGCCGUCGCGGUCAUGGGCGCGCGGCGCCCACCUUUCCAAGUCCGCAUGGGGAGCCAAGCGGCAGGAAGGAAGCCGGCGACGGCCAGGCGGGAUCAGGCAAGGUUGCGGCGGAAGCGCUGGUGGCGGCGCACCCGGGAGGCAGGCUCCAAAGGCCCGCUGCGAUCCCCGAAGCCGCGGGCGCCCGCCAUGUCCCCGGGCGAGAUGGACCUGGGCGCGCAGCGGGAGCGCUGGGAGACGUUCAGGAAGCGACGGGGCCUCAGCUGCGAGGGUGCCGCCAAGUUCCUGCUGGACACCUUCGAGUACCCAGGCCUGGUGUAUCACACGGGAGGCUGCCACUGCGGCGCGGUCCGCUUCGCCGUCUGGGCCCCCGCAGACCUGCGCGUGGUGGAUUGCAGCUGCAGGCUGUGCAGGAAGAAGCAGCACCGACACUUCCUCGUCCCGGCCUCGCGCUUCACUCUCCUGCUGGGCGCCGAGAGCAUCGUCACCUAUCGAUCCCACACGCACCCCGCGCUGCACAGCUUCUGCAGCAGGUGCGGGGUGCAGAGUUUCCACGCCUCUGUCUCUGACCCCGGCGUGUAUGGCGUCGCCCCGCACUGCCUGGACGCCGGCACCGUGCGCAGUGUGGUCAUCGAAGAGGUCGACGGUGGCGACUGGGGGGAGGAGGCCGUGGAGGAGCCCAAGGCCAUCCAGAGCGCGUCCCCCGAGUGAGCCCCUGCCUCUCCUCCCGAAGAGGAGCGGCGACUUGGGGCCGCAACACGCCUGAAACAUGCCCAGGUCCCCCCUCGAGGGAGCCCCCUCAGUGCUUACUGUAUGAAAGAGGUCGGCUUCUGGACUGGUGAACCCGUGAUGUCUCUCCAACCUCCCACCCCUUCCCUUGCAGUGUUUUGCAACGGACUUGGACUUGCUUAUGAUCAAAAAAGCUGAGCACACAUUUGUCUGUCAAUGGCUGUAAUUUUCCAAUCCAAUAAGCAAGUAGUGUGGCUACUUUUGCAAGUCGCCUUGUAUAACGCUCACCUGUAUUCUUUAUUCUUUGUAUAGUUCUCAUAGAUGAUUUUCAGAUCAUUCAUAUGUACUGUACCGUUACGGUGCUGUUGUGAACAAGAUUGUUUUUAAUGGUCGCAUCUGGUAUGCAGGACCACUCACUAUAUCCAAACACUUUUGUGAACCUUUAUUAGGACGUUUUCUAUUGAUUAUCUGUGUGCGUGUGUGUUUUAGGUGAGCACUCACGUUUACACUACUGAGAUCGUGCUUUGGUUUCAGCCACAUUGUUUAUUUAGUGUGUUUUUAUGUAAUAUAUUUAAGGCUCAUUAGUGUGACAUACCUCACUGCACUUGUGUUUUCAAAUGAUGUUGUCAUUUUGCUUGGUUUUGUUUUAGAAACUCCCUGUGGGUAGGGUGAUGGGGAUACAGAAGAAUGAGCAAGAUGUCUGUGCACUAUAUGUACGCCCUCUUUGAUGUAUUGAAAUUCCUAUCUUGAACAUGUGUUAAGUAUUGA